AAAUAAAAAUAUUGGGGUUAAUUGCAAGUUUGGUCACUGAGAUUACUAAAAAUGUUCACGUUUGGUCAUAAAAAAUAUUUAAUUCCAAUACUGGUCACUAAGAUGAGUUUAACAGUUCAUGUUUGGUCACUCAACGUUAGUCUCCGUCUAAUUCUGUUCAUGCUGUCAGUCAUUUGUUGAUGUGGCUAACAGAAGUAUUGACUCGCCCAAUUUUAAUCUGCCACAUCAUCAAAUCCGACCCGCCAUGUCAUCGUGCCCAACCCAACCAGUUAACCAAACCCGACUCAGUAACCGAUUCAUAUUAAAACAAAUCUUCAAAUUAAAAUCCCUAAUGUGUCGUCUUCUCCUCCCGACUUUCUUCCUCUUCCUUCUUCGAUGGUUCACCGACGACAAGGGAGGAAUAGAACCAGACCGCUGCCUCCGAAUCCCAUCACUGCCCGCCAUCUCCGUCGCCUCUCUCCCGCAAGCUCAAUCUCACCAUCUGCUUCUACCAGACCAUGUUUGGGAGGAAGAUGAGAAACCCCUGAUCGACAAGGCGGUGGAGAGGGACGACGCGCCGCCCCACCUCUGCAAUUCCUGCUCCAGCUUCGAGAUUAUCAUCGCCCGCCUCUUAAGUGUCAGAUCGUCACCCUCCGACCCAGCCCCGAAGAGGAGAUGUGCAUCAUCUGCAUCAUAGGGUGCAGUAUAGAGAAAGCAUUUUAAAUGUCAACCUUGCGGGCCGGUCCAUGUACUCCUACUUCAACAGUUAAAAAUGUUAUCUAGCUACCGGUUUUGAGUGAAAACUUAGAGCUACAAAUUCAAAGCAAGUAAGAAGUUAAAUGGUUGUGGAUUCUAUAUGAGAAAAAUUCACCCCGAAUAUUGCUCCCCUUAGCAUUGUAUCAAGUUGCCAAAAAUCAAAACUCUAGUACGAAGUAGUGUGUUUCUAUACAGUGAGGAUGGUGCAAUAAACGAAGAAUACCACUAUCUUAGACAAUGAAUUCAGGCAAAUAAAUUUAGCUAGAGACCCUAGCUUUCUCAAUCAAUCUGCUAAGGAUUGCUAACCAAUCCCUCGGAGGUUAGACCGGAACGAUGAUAAAGCCAUAAAACAUAAUCAAAUCAUGACACUAAACCGAUUCUUGAGGUGUGUCCUCAAUUAACCUAGAAGUGGUGACCUAAUUUGCCAAGAAGUGGGCAAGGAAGAGAUUUCCUCCUUCUAGGGUCAAUUUGACCCAAUUCGGAUAUGGAAACCAACACUCACAAAUCAUGAAAAUAUCUCAAGCAUUAUAUUAUAACACACAAUCAACAUACAUAGAGUUCAAAUUCAACAACCUACUACAUGUCUAAACUCGGGAUUACAACAAAGAAGAGAGAAAGAACCAUGGUGUGUAGAUUGACUUCCUUCUUUAUAGUUGGAAUCAACCUUGGAUUAUAAAGAAAAAAUUUCAAGUUUGGAGCAAACCCUAGGCCUUUUCUUCUCUCUUUGUUCGUUAGUUUCUCUAUCUAAAAGAAUAAGAAGAAAAAUUUCUCACUCUACGAUCAUCCCCCAAAGUUUAAGAUCUCUUCCUCUUAUAUACCAAGGUGGCGCACAAAUCAAGGUCUCACAUCACGGGCGUGAUCUCGAAGCUUUUCCCGUGAUGUCGGGCAAAAACGCACUACUUCAUUAAUGAACAUCACGGUCCUGGAUGGAUUAUCACGGUCGGGAGAACGGGAUAAUUUUAGGCCCGUGACGCGUGCAAACUGCUCUUGAUCCCGUCGAGUAUCACGAUCUGGCCCAUAUCUUCACGGUAGGCUGACAGUGAUAAUAUUGCUUUCACCGUGCUCCUCCCCUUUUUGACCAGCUUUUGCCCUAUUUCGUUUGACUUUCGCUUCCAAGGUCAAUCUCACCUGCUAGAACCUGAAACAUCCUGAAAACAUUCACAUCCUAGCAUAAAAUCGAACCUCAAGUGAUUUAAAACGCCUCAAACAUACCAAAAAAAUAAGGUAAAAACAUGUGCAAUUAGACCAGAGUUAGUAUGUCGUACCUAAUAUUUUACCCAAUGUACAAAAGAAGCCACCAUAUAUAUUAAUAUAUAUAAAGCCAAAGUCAGAUUACUGUUGCCUAACCCAUUUACAUUUUAUACCCCAAAUUUAAUUAAAUCCCAAUUUAGUCACUAUAAUAUAUAUUUUACAUUUUGAUACCCCAAAUUUAAUUUUAAUGUAAAAUCAUUGAAAAAUUAUGUUUUGGUAUCUAAAUUUUAUGAGAUUUUCGUACCUACAAUUUUUUAAAUUUACAUAUUGGUCCAAUGUUUAGAUUUCACUUGAAUCCAUGAAUCCAAUCCACCAAUCCUUCUGAACCAAUCCAUGAAUCCAAUCCACCAUACCGCAAAAGAAUAAAUUUGUUUUGUACCAUACAAGAUGUUGUAUCACUCACUCUGUGAGAAGAUUCGACCAUUUUAUAUUUGCUUAUUACGUGAAACAUUAAAUAAAUGAUAAAAUAGAGAAGACUCUAAAAUAUUGCAAGAGCGAAUUUAUAAACUCAUUUAGUACAUUUCGGGGUACUAAACAAACUCAUAUUAACUGCAUGUAACAAAAUAUGUGACAUCUACAUAAGCAAGUGUCAAUAAAUUGCUACGGUGAAA